GUGUGUGCGGAGGAGGAAACCCAUUCUCUGCUCCGGAGCUUUUUCCCUUUCGACGUGGAGUCGCCGCGUCCAUGACCUCCUUUUAAAUCAACCUGCACGAAGGGAACAGUUCUCCUCCUGCAGAGGAACUGACUUCUUUAAUGUGUGCUCCCAUGUCUCGGAUAUGGCCUCUGCUUCUGCUGGGAGGACUGCUGCUGCCAGGGGUGCUACAUGUCGGCGCGAUCGAGAUUCAUACUGUGAGCGAGCUGGAGGCGGUCAAUGGGACGAACGUGAAGCUGAAGUGCACCUUCACCUCCACUCACGCAGUGUCGGCUCAGUCCGUCACUGUGUCGUGGAACUUCAGACCCCUUAAUUCAGGAGCCGACGAGUCGGUGUUCUACUACCAGGAGGUACCGUACCCUCCUCAGCACGGACGCUUUAAAGGCCACGCAGUGUGGUCGGGAGACAUCGCGAGAGGAGAUGCGUCCAUCACCCUGCACGAAGUGCCGCCGACCUUCAACGGUACCUUCAUCUGCCAGGUGCGCAACCGUCCAGACGUGCACGGCAGAAAUGGAGAGAUCGUCCUGAGAGUCGUGGACAAAGUAUCGCUGUCUGAGAUUGGCCUCCUGGGUAUCGCGGUUGCAGUCUCCUGUGCAGUAAUCCUGGUCAUCUUUGGUAUUUUCGUGGCGGUAAGGUUCUACAGGAGGAGGCGCAUGGAAAAUGACAUUGAACUGGGGCCGCGGGAGCAGGAGUGGAAGGACCCGACAGUGUGUGCACCCGAAGAGGCAGUUCACCUGAAAGUUGUGCAGAAGGAGAAAGAAGCCGAAAGCUCAGACGAUGAGGAGUCUGAGGACAGCAGCGGAGGUGAUGAUGAUGAGGAGGAAGGCGAAGAGGAGGAUGAUGAUGACGAUGACGACGACGAUGAUGACGAUGGUGACGAUGAUGACGACGAUGGAGGGGGUGACGAUUAAAUAGGCACGCUUGACUGUCUAGAAUCGUCUGUUAUUCAGGAACAAAAGAGUCACGUUGGAAUGAUAUACAUAUAAUUUAUUGUGGAUUUUUCAUCUUUUUGUGUAUCCCACUCAAUGAAUUGCAGUAAUUUUGUCUUAAAGACAGUUUACAAUUGCAUAUUUAACCUUGUUGGGAUAGAAAUACC